AAAGCGAUAAGCAAAUCAUAAAUAAAUAUAUUUACUGUGCAAGAUGAAAAAGACUGAAUUCUCAAGAGAAAAAGUUGUACUUUGCAGAAAUAUGGCGACAAAAGUGACUUUCAAACACAACAAUGAUAACCUGACUGUGAAAGAGUUUUACGACCGAUACCACUCGAACCUUCCUCGGUUAAUUGUGGUCACUCAGGGUUACUGCGGUGAUAUUGGUCUAGAGGAAUUCAGCAUUGGACAGGUGAUUCGGAUACACACAUACUCCACCCAGAAACGAGUCGUAGCUAAGGUGGAGAAAGGAUUGUCCGUGCUGGAGGGGCGGGAAAUUAGUAUCCCCGUGGACUACGGAAUGAAGUUCUGCUCCCUGAAAGGCGGCAAGAAAAGUGGCAAAGAACAAACGCUGAGUGAAAUUCUUGAGAAGCAUUCACUCCCGGUGGAAGUGACGCCAUCUGACUCUCACCAACUCAUGAAUAUUCAAGGUCAGGAACGAGAGACGGGGAAGAGGUGUCAACUGAACCUGAUCAGCACGUACGAGGACAGGUAUCUCCUAGGCAACGCUGUGUCAGACGGUAUGUUGUACGCUCAGCAGACUGCGGUACCGGUAUACCUGCCUGACUUGAGAGUGUCAAUAGCGGUAGGAAUAGAGGGAUUCUCCAAUGACCAAUGGGUGACCAGUCUCCAAAACAUGGAACAAAAAGUCAUGCAGAACGUAAAAUUCCACACAGACUUUGGAAAUCCCAAUGUUGCUGUGUAUUCACAAGAGUCGGCCACACAGAAUGACUAUUCUGAUUUUACUUACCGAACUCCGGCUGAAUAUUACAACAUGGACGAUAUCCUCCGACAAAAGUUUUCCCAUCGGCCCUCUAAGCUCGUCAAUUACAUUGAACAAGUACCUGAUACAUACGAUUUCAUUCCUGCUGACGCAGUGAGCAGAGUGCCUCCGCCUACGGCGCCUAAGCCGAUAACCGACAAAAAAGCCCAGCCUGUAAAACCUUUGACCCCGCCCCCGGCUCCGACAGUGCCACAAAGACCAGCAGUUUUUCGAAGACCAGAACAGAGUGAAACUGUGCAGGACUUUCCACCCAAACCUUGUAGAGUAUCACGCGCGCCUAAUGUAGAGGAACUGAAGAUCGCCGACUUGGGAGAGUGGAUGAAGGAACUCAAACUAGAUAAAUACAUUAAUACCUUUGCUGAGCAAGGAAUAGAUGGCGUCCUGCUGAAGGAAAUGACAAGGGAGGAUUUACGGAACGAUUUUGGAAUGUCAACCAUUGAGGCCAUCAAGUUAUCCAAAUUUGCUCAGACAGGACAUGUCCCAAGCUAGUAUCCGCCAUCUUAAUAUAUCCUGACAUGUCUUAGCCAUUAGCAAAGCGCUGAACUGGCCGUGGGGUGUGCUUUUGCGAUCAGUCUUUUGAAGUUAUAUAUUUAUGAAAAAAAAUGAAAAGGCUUCGUUGUUGUAAUCGGAGAUUCCUUAAUAUCCAUUUUACCAGCAAACAAAGAGAAAAAAAUGUAAGAAGAAAUCGUUGAAAUAUAUUCAGCGGUUCUUAAAAAAAUAUUUGAAUUUUAAGUAGUUAGUGCGCAUCCAAUUCUAACACCGUUAAGGUACUUGAUACAUUUAUAAUGACAUUGUUAUUAUUGUAUGUCAAUACUUGUAAGUUUGGGAGAGAAAAAGGUGGUUGUAUAACGUAUACAUACAUUUUCGAUUGAAUGAAUGUCUUGCAAAUUGUUCAAGCUACGUUAAUGAUAAUCAUGUCUUAUUUUUAAAUUGAAAUGUGCUAAUACUGCCUUGUCUUAUAAGAUUCUUACUGUAUAAUAGAACGCCUAUUUCCAGGGCUAUUUGUAUUCAGUAACUGUACAUGUAACUUAUGAUAAGAUUUUAAUGAAUAGAAAGCUUUUGGAUUUGUGCCAAUUUCAUCAAUAAAUUUGUUUGCACCUCGUCUUUUAAAAGAAAGACUUGCAUUGUGUAAUGAGAGAGAGAGAGAGAGAGAGAGAGAGAGAGAGAGAGAGAGAAUCAUUUGUUUAUUAUUGUAAAAAGGAGAAAUUAAAUGCUUUUUCAUGA